CCUUCGCGAAAAGCCCCAAGCCAAACUCAACCCCUCGCCCCCCUCAUUUCCCGUUUCCUCCAGCACUAGCAUUCGCGUAAGUGGGCCUCACUCCGCGCGUAACCGCAGCGCAUUCCCCUUUACAACAGAUUACGGCGAUGGCGAAGAAGAAGGAGGCGUCGCCCGCGAAGGGCAAGCCGAGCCACUCCAUGGACGCCACGCGGCGGGAGGGCGUGGGGAAGUCGGCGGGCGGGGCGGGGUCGUCGAUGCGGUCGGCGGCGACGGUGCGGCGGCUGGCGAUGUACAAGACGCGGCCGUGGCGCAACAGCAAGGGCAAGGUGCUGCACAACGACCUGCAGUCCAAGGCGCUCCCCAACACGCGCAUCAAGCCCGACCGCCGCUGGUUCGGCAACACGCGCGUGGUGGGGCAGCGCGAGUUGGAGCGGUUUCGCGAGGAGCUGGGCGCGAAGGUUUCGGACUCGUACACCGUUAUCCUCAAAGACCGCAAGCUGCCGCUCUCCCUCCUCACCCACCAGCCCCAGGGCAAGGCGCGCGUGCACAUAGUGGAGACGGAGCCCUUCCAGGACACGUUCGGGCCGGGCGCCAAGCGCAAGCGCCCCAAGCUGGGCGCGGCGGGCGACGGCUACGAGGCGCUGCUGCAGCACAGCGCGCACAAGCAGGAGUCGUUUGAGGACAAGGCGGGGGGCGAGGAGGCGGGGGUGAAGGCGAGGGACGAGGAGGACGGGGUGCGGUCGCUGGUGCGCCACUCCAUGUUCGACAAGGGGCAGUCGCGGCGCAUCUGGGGCGAGCUGUUCAAAGUGCUCGACUCCAGCGACGUGGUGGUGCAGGUGUUGGACGCCAGGGAUCCCAACGGCACGCGCUGCACGUACCUCGAGAGGCACCUGCGCGACAAGUGUCCGCACAAGCACAUGCUGCUGCUGCUCAACAAGUGCGACCUGGUGCCAUCGUGGGUGGCCAAGGGGUGGCUGAGAGCGCUGUCCCGCGAGUACCCCACGCUCGCCUUCCACGCCUCCGUCACCAACCCCUUCGGCAAGGGCUCGCUGCUGUCGCUGCUGCGGCAGCUGGCGCGCCUCAAGAGCGACAAGCAGGCCAUCAGCGUCGGCUUCGUCGGCUACCCCAACGUCGGCAAGUCGUCCGUCAUCAACACCCUGCGCACCAAGAAGGUGUGCUCGGUGGCACCAGUGCCGGGCGAGACGAAGGUGUGGCAGUACAUCACGCUGAUGAAGCGCAUCUUCCUCAUCGACUGCCCGGGCGUCGUGUACGCCGACGCCAGGGACAGCGAGACGAACGCCGUGCUCAAGGGCGUGGUCAGGGUAGCCAACCUGGAGGACGCGGACCAGCACAUCCCCGACGUGCUCCAACGCGUCAAGCCCGCCUACCUCUCCCGCGCCUACGGCAUCGACAAGUGGGAGGACGCAACGGACUUUCUCUCCCAGAUGGCUAAGCGCACCGGCAAGCUGCUCAAGGGCGGCGAGCCGGACGUGCAGACGGCGGCGAAGAUGGUGCUGCACGACUGGCAGCGCGGCAAGAUACCCUUCUUCACACCGCCGCCCGAAACUGACACGGGCCCUGGGGGGGCCGCUGGGGGGAAGGAGGCAGGGAAGCAGGGCGCUGGUGGGGGGGAUGCAGGGGAAGCUGAGGCAGGAGGGGCAGAGGGGAGAGCGGAGGCAGGGGAGGGCGAGAAUGCGGAGCGGCAGCAGGUGAGCGAGCAGAUGGAGAAGAUGACUGAAGUGCUGCGCGCCGUGGCGAGCCGGCAGCAGCACGUGCGCGUUCCCACCAACGCGGGGCUGGCGUUUGACGAGGAGGACGCACGGGGCAAGGGGAAGCAGGGCGGACGGAGGGAAACGAGGAAGGCAGGCGAGGGGGAGGGGGAGGGGGAGGACGGAGAAGAGGAAGGUGAGGAGGACGAGGAGGAGGAAGAGAUGGAAGAGGAGGAAGUGGAGGAAGAGGAGGGGGAGGAGCUAGAGGAGGGAGAGGAGGGGGAGGAAGGGGAGGAAGGGGAGGAGGGAGGGGAGCGAGAGGCAAGAGCAGAUGGGUCAGAGGAGUCAGGAGGGGAAGGGGAGGCAGAGGACGGGAGAGGAGAGGAGGAAGUGGCGGAAGGCGCAGCGGCAUCGGCAGCUGCAGCAGGCGAGGAGGUGUCGUGGGAGGAGCUGGUAUCAGGUGUGGGGCAGGUAGCACAGCAGCCGGCGAAGGAGGGAGGGGCGGGGGGUAUGCAGCAGCGGCAAGCAGCCAGAGGGGGCAGAGGUGGAGGGGGAAGGGGGCAGCAGCAGGAGGCCGGGGGGCGGAAGGGGGGAUUGAGCAGGCGGGCGAGGGCGGCAGCAGCGCGGGCGCAGAAGCAGGUGGUGCUCCAGGAGAGGAAGCGCGAGUGGAGCGGGGCGCAGGAUAAAGGCAAGGGCAAGGGCAAGGGCGGCAAGAGGAAGGAUUUGUGAUGGGGGGGGCACAUUGACCUAAAUGACACUCAAAUGUUCUGCCCUAGCUCGCAUCCAUGGCGGUUGGCAGAGGAGAGCCUGCUGGCCAGGUUUCUGCUAUGUGCAAUCUCAGAUGUAGCAGAUUCUGGUGUUGCAAGAGCA